ACGAGCUUACUGUUUUGGGACCAUAUUGCAUGUGGAUGCCCAAAAACUCUUAGUUGCAGCAGCCAUGGCCGCUCAAGCUGCUCUUGCCUUCUCAAGGAUCCCCACCAGCAAUGCGACCAGGCCCUGCAACAAGAGAACCCACCCCCACCUUCACUGCCUCCCAUUCAAGAGAUUGGAUGUGGCUGAUUUCGCGGGGCUAAGAUCGAGCUCUUGCAUCACAUAUGCUAGCCAUCGCAGGGAGUCCACCUUCUUCGACAUCUUGGCUGACCAACUUGCACCACAGGUCGGUGUUGGAGCAGCUGUUCCUAAAGGGCAGACGGUGGCAAAACUGAAGGUGGCCAUCAAUGGCUUCGGGCGCAUUGGCCGGAACUUUCUCCGGUGCUGGCAAGGCCGUAAGGACUCCCCGCUCGACGUCAUCGUCGUCAACGACAGUGGUGGUGUUAAGAAUGCAUCACAUCUGUUGAAGUACGACUCUAUGCUGGGAACUUUUAAGGCUGAAGUGAAGAUUGUUGACAAUGAGACGAUUAGUGUGGACGGAAAGCUGAUCAAGGUUGUCUCCAACAGAGACCCACUGAAGUUGCCCUGGGCAGAGACAUUGUCAUUGAGGCAAGCUUCACAGUCUUCAUAUUCAUCUGGCAAGGGACUCUGUGUGUGUAUGCUUGGAACUGGCGUGUUUGUGGAUGGUCCUGGAGCGGGGAAACACAUCCAAGCAGGAGCUAAAAAGGUCGUAAUCACAGCUCCAGCAAAGGGAGCCGAUAUACCAACCUACGUUGUGGGUGUUAAUGAAGGAGAUUACUACCACGAUGUCUCCAAUAUCAUAAGCAACGCCUCUUGUACCACUAACUGUCUUGCCCCGUUUGUGAAAGUUAUGGAUGAGGAAUUUGGCAUUGUCAAGGGAACCAUGACAACAACUCAUUCUUACACUGGAGAUCAGAGACUACUAGAUGCAUCACAUCGUGACCUAAGGAGAGCAAGGGCAGCAGCACUCAACAUAGUUCCAACAAGCACAGGUGCAGCCAAGGCUGUGUCACUUGUGCUGCCUCAGCUCAAAGGAAAACUCAAUGGCAUCGCCUUGAGGGUGCCAACACCAAAUGUGUCUGUAGUGGACCUUGUUGUCAAUGUAGAGAAGAAGGGAAUGACAGAUGAAGAUGUUAAUGCUGCAUUCAGAGCUGCUGCUAGUGGACCUCUUAAAGGCAUACUGGACGUGUGUGAUGUACCUCUUGUGUCUGUCGAUUUCCGUUGCUCAGAUGUUUCAUCCACCAUUGAUUCUUCAUUAACCAUGGUGAUGGGAGAUGACAUGGUCAAGGUUGUUGCUUGGUAUGAUAAUGAAUGGGGUUACAGCCAAAGAGUCGUGGACUUGGCGCAUUUGGUGGCGGCCAAGUGGCCAGGUGCAGAAGAAGGCAAGGGAGAUCCUCUGGAAGAGUUCUGCAAGACGGACCCGGCCAACGAGGAAUGCAGAGUCUAUGAAGCUUGAUCAUUUUUGUAGAUGAGUUGAUCAACAGUGUUACUCAUUGUAACGAAUUCUGUAACUAAGAAAUUCUUGCAAAUCAUGGAGGGCGGUUGCCACCAAGGGAACAAGUUGUUUUGAUGGAAUAUGA